AUGAAGCUGAACAUCUCUUUCCCAGCCAUUGGCUUCCAGAAGUUCAUUGAAGUGGACGAUGAACGAAAACGUCAUACCUUCUAUGAGAAGCAUAUGUCCACAGAAGUUGCUGCUGACACUCUGGGUGAAGAAUGGAAGCGUUGUGUGGUCCAAAUCAGUGGCGGGAACGAUAAGCAGGGUUUCCCCAUGAAGCAGGGUGUCUUGACCCAUGGCCGAGUUUGCCUGCUACUGAGUAAGGGGCAUUCCUGUUACAGACCAAGGAGGACUGGAGAGAGAAAGCGCAAAUCUGUACGGGGUUGCAUUGUGGAUGCCAAUCUGAGUGUUCUCGACUUGGUCAUCGUGAAAAAAGGGGAGAAGGAUAUUCCUGGACUCACUGAUACUACAGUGCCUCGUCGCCUGGGUCCCAAAAGAGCUAGCAGAAUCCGCAAACUUUUCAAUCUCUCUAAAGCAGAUGAUGUCCGCCAGUAUGUAAUGAGGUUCAAUAAAACAGGGAAAAAAUAA